AAUGACAAUUGCAUCAAAAAGUGGCUUCGUAAAUAUUACAAACGCGGUGCGCUUGAAUAGAAACUCAUUGGCUUAUUCAGAAUUCAUUUGAUAGUCGCCAUAAUGGAGGUAUGCGGAAGCGUUUUGGUGUGCAACAACUAUGAGCAGUUCCGCUUGAAAUGCAUAUACUGCACAAUUGAAAGCGACCUAAAAGAUUGGGAGCAGUUCACGUUUCAUGUGAGAAAUGCCCACUACUUUGAGGAGGAGGAUGAUGAAAACAUUGAGAAAUGUUGGAACGAGCAGGACACACCUAUUGAGGAGAUGGACUCCACAAUCCAAUACGAAGUCCCUCAAGUUUUAGACGAAGCGGAACCCAUUGAAGAAGGGGAAGACCAGAGUAACUUGCCAUUUUGCAUACUCGAAGACGAGGACUGGACCAACGACGAGACGAAUGAGAAUAAUAUACAAUACGAGGAGGAUAAUGUCUAUGAAAAUAACAACACAGAAGUCACAUAUCAGGAAAUGGAAUCGUCAGAAAUGGCGCAGGCCUCAUGCAACGCAAAUGUGUACGAAGGUUUCUCUAGCAAUUGUUCUCAGCAGGCUGCACCGUUUGAUGAUCUAGAUAACUUCUCGUAUGAUGAACACGAAGAAGAGUGGCCAAAAAGAUUCGGACGUCCUCCCAAAAGAGCGCGUCCCGGACAAGUUUAUAAAUUGAAGGUUACGUUUAUUCGACGCAAUCCACGCGUGCUACACCUAAUAGAAGCUUACAGGGAGCAUCCCUGCCUAUGGAAUCCCUCGGACGAGCAAUACGAAAAUGAGGAGGCCCGAUCGGAGGCGUACCACCUGAUGAUACUGCGACUGGACGAGAAAGCCAAUGUGCUCUUUACCGAAGAAGAGUUGAUGAAAACCAUCCAGCAGCUGCACAGCCAAUACACACUUGCAGCCCAAAUGUCUGGCGAAAAUAAACUCAUUGGCCUGGCGGCCCGAUACUUUGCAAAAUGUGAUUUCCUCCGUUCCACACCCUGUACAACCCUAUCCGACGACGACGGGGAGGAAGUUCAACUGGAUACAAUUAAGCUCAACUUCAAAGUGGAGAACGAGGUAACCAGCGCUUUUAUAGAAACAUAUGCAAAUUAUCCCGUGCUCUACAAUACCACGCACCCUCAUUUUGAUUCGGUGGAGGAACGCACAAGAGCCUACAUAAGGUUGGCCAAAGAAUUUAGACCUGUUGUUCUGGCCAACGAUACGGAUGUUUAUAUUGCGGUCCAAAAACUGCGGAAGUGGGCAUACGAAGCCAUGAGGCGAAUGAAAGCGAAGGAACUGAUUAAAGCCUGCAGCCCACAGGAGCUUCAGUACCUGCAAAUGUGCAGCUUUCUGCCCGUCAAACCGGACGGUCACAUAUGGUACUGUGAAAACUGCGGGAAGCGAUUCCACGGGGACUACAACCUCCGGACACACAUGUUCAAACAGCAUAACAUCGGUGAACCGCCAUACCUCUGCUCCCAGUGUCCCAGACGCUUCGAAAGGCAACACGACAUGGAGAAACACAUAUUGAGAGCGCACAGUGAGCGUAAAUUUCAAUGCAAAUUUUGCGAUAAGUUCUUUCCCGUUGAGUGCGAUCUAAAGGUGCAUCUAAAGGUCCACACCGGCGAGCGCCCAUAUGUGUGUGAGAUGUGUGGAAAGGGGUUCCGGUUGAAGCUGCUGCUGGAUCACCACGUGAAUGGUGUCCACCUGAAUAUACGUCCUUUCAAGUGCAGUAUGUGCGAGAAAAGUUUCCGAAAGAAAUUUGAACUCAUGAAUCACCUCAAAGGACAUUUAAAUAUUCGUGAUAAGAAAUGCGACAAAUGCGACGCUACAUUUUAUGACCAUUCAUCGCUAUCCCGACAUCGCAGAUUUAACCAUAGAAAUAAAUUCGAAGAGACCUAGUCUUGUGUAUUUAAACAUUUUAAAGGGUUGCACAAAACUGCCGAAUGGGUUUCCUUGUUGUUAUGUUAAUGUUAAUUUAUUCAAAAUAAGUAACUAUAUUUGUGAGUAUCGACGUACAAUAAAUACAACACAACAAA